AUGCGGCACCGGCACAAUUGAACAUAUAGGUCUCGAGCCUUGCGCACAAGUAUUCGAGCUGUGAAGCUCUUACCCCUGAGCACCUUAACGGAUUCUUGAGGUGCCACUGGCUCACAACCGACAUUGCACUUAUCUUCGGUCUUCCAAUCCACGUCGGAUAGCCAGCUUCUUUCGUGGCUAUCUUCAUUGCCAGACCGAGCCAAACCAGUCACGAUGAAGGACGAGGAAAUCGAAUAUGUGGCGCAGGACUUGAACCGGACAUUGUCGGUGGAGGAUGCAAAGUCCGUCAACAGUGAUGAUGCAUUGCUCAUGAGCAUGGGCAAGAAGCCCGAAUUGAGGCGUGUCUACAAUUUCUGGACGUUGUGUGCCUACCAGAUCAUGAUAUCGUGCAGCUGGUCAUGCCUAGUGGUCCUGUACUCGACCAUUUUCGAUAUCGGUGGACCAUUCUGCCUACUCUGGGGAACCUUGUUUGUCGCUGUUGGCCAGACCUUGCUCAUGAUGUCCCUCGCCGAGUACUGCAGCAUAUGGCCUACUGCAGGUGGUCAGCAGUACUACACUCAAGCUGUUGCCACGGGAGCAACGAGAGCUUUCUUGUCAUAUUUUGUGGGUUGGGCGGUCAUCGUUGGCGAGAUAUCAACAGGGUCAAGCUGCGCUCUCAACAGCGCCGACAUCAUUGCUUCCUUUGUCCAGGUCACUCAUCCAGACUUUGCUUGGCAUCCGUGGCAUACCUGGAUCAUCUACAGCGUAUUUCUCAUUGGCCCUAUCGCCAUCAAUUUGAAACAGAGAUGGCUCCCAGCAAUGAACUUGUUUGGUGCUUUCUGGACCAUUGCUGGCGGUAUUGCUUGGGCAAUCGUCUUCGGUGUCAUGGCCAAACCCAAGCAUGACGCCAGCUUCAUUUUUACCGAGUUCAUCAACAAUUCAGGGUAUACCAGCAAAGUCUGGGUAUUCAUCAUGUCAUUCUAUUCUCCAAUGUAUGGAUUGUACGGCACCGACGGAAUGAUGCACCUUGUCGAAGAGAUGAAGGAUGCGUCCAAGGAGGCCCCACGCGUGAUGGUGUGGUCCAUGAUCUUCUGCAGCAUCACGAGCUGGCUUGCAGCAGUCCUCAUGAUGUGGACAGCUGGGGCCUGGGAAUCAUAUACGUUAGACGCUCAACCUUACAUGAACUGGUGGAUGGACAUCACAAAUUCCGUUUAUGGAGGCGGAAUGUUCUGCGCUUUAAUCAUGAUCGGCUUGAACUUCUUCAUUAUUGUUGGCACCAAUCUUGCAGGCUCACGCCUCGCCUGGAGCAUGGCUAGAGACAAAGGACUUCCCUUUUCAGACUACUUCGCCCAUGUCAGCACGAGAUUCCACAUUCCCCUGCGGACCAUGGUCGCCAUCCUGGUUAUUGACCUGAUCAUUGGGUUGAUCGUCCUCGGCAGUGAUCUGGCAUUCGAAUCAAUCAUUUCUGGGGGAGGUGUGACUUUGCAAAUAGGCUAUGUCACGCCCAUCAUCGUCGUCCUCAUCCGUGGACGCAAGAUCCUUCCGGCCCGACCUUACUUCGACCUCGGUCGAUGGGGCUAUUUUGUCAACAUUAUCAGCGUAUGCUGGUCUUUGAUCAUCAUUGCCAUGUACCUGUCCCCACUGUACGUGCCUGUCACGAUAUCCACAAUCGACUAUAUGAAUUGGUCAUGUUUGAUCACUGGCGCAACUCUCAUAUUCCCCGGAAUCUAUUGGGUCUGGCGGGCUCGGCACACCUACAUCAAGGAGACAAAUUCGGUUCUGGAAGACAACGUUGUUGUCAUUGAUGGAAGGGCCGUAGCUGGGAGCGAGGCACUUAGAGCCGCUGCUCUAGAGAAAUGAGUGCCUGCCCAAACGAUGAGAUUAGUGAUGUAUCAUUGUAUAUAUGGUCACUUGAGAACCCGAUAUAUUGUAGCGAAUUCUUCUGACCAUAUUGUCCGAAC